CCAUUUGAGUAACUUGAAGACAUCCAGCCUGCAAGUCUCGGUAUGCUUUACAAUUCUUUAUUAUUGCUAACGGCAUCGAUGUUUUGUCUUAGUCUUUUCCUGGUGCAGAGAGCGAGUGUUAUAGAAAAUGAUUUUCGGAAUCUCCAGAGGGAUUUAAUUUUACAAUUAAAUCAGCCACGUUCUGAGGGAGUCAAUGGGAGAAUGGCCAAGACGUCUAAAACCAGGGAGGACAUUAAGUCAAGUACUUUCCAAAAAGCUCAGUGUUCUCUGAAGAUGUCCUUUAGGAGAGAAAAACGGGAACAAGGCGGCUUCAGAGCUCCAACAUUCCUGCAGUUAACUGCGAACACUAACAAACAACCAGACAUUAGAGGAAAUAUGACUGUGAUCCCUUGGACUGUUUCUGCACAGCGAGGAAAUGCAAUUUCACAAAAGGAAAACAGAAUUGUUGUCCAAGAAGAUGGUUAUUACUUGGUGUUUGGACAAGUUUUGUUCAAAAGCCCGAGCACAGUUAUGGGUCAUAUUAUACAAAGCUGGAGCUCCACAAAGACAACGCCGACAGAGCUGUUGCGCUGCCUGCAAGCGAUGCCUGAUGCAACCCCUGCCAACACAUGCCACACUGCAGGUAUUGUGCAGCUGCAUCAGGACGACGAGCUGGAACUGGUGAUCCCACACAGACCCCAGGCCCUCGUCUCAAUGGACGCAGACUCGACCUUUUUUGGUGUCAUACAGCUGAACUGAAACGAGGCGGGCGAUAACCAGCUUGUUGUUGCAGGAAGUGGGAAGCUGACCGAGCUGUGUGAGGACAUGCUGAUAAAGGACAAACUGACAGCAGCAGGAAAACUGUUGGAACCAGUGACUCAUCACAGGAAAAAAUAUAAUCAACGUUUUUAAUUGAGCUGCCAGUUUGACAGUUAUUCAGCCCUUUAAGCAUUUAUGUGUGUCUGUCAGGAAGUCUGCCUGGGACGGUCUCUCUGUAUUGUUUACGUGUGCUGCCACCUCCUUUCAUCAGUCUAUUUUUGCACGUCUCUUUAUACCUUGUUUGGGCCGCUUCCCUCCAGCUCCACCUCCGCACUGUCUGUUUAUUUGUUCCUCUCAUCUAUUUCUGAAUGGUUUCCAUUUUCCGCAGACAGGAACAAACAAAGGUAUAAAUUUAUAUCACUCAGGAGGUGUUUUCCGGGUUGUCAUGUAACG